CUGGCGAACACUUUUACGUUUAAAGCAUGGAUGUCAGAAACCGAAAGAACUCAUCCCUUUUCCUAUUCCCGAAGAUAGUGCUGUUGUAAAUCCAGAACUGACUUAACUUGAAUUUCCCUCGCAAGUAGAUUCAAGAAAAGCGGUGCUGAUACUGAAGGCGGCGACAUGACAUCGUCCACGGAGCGACAGCGGCUGAGACCCUGGUUAGAGGAUAAAAUAAACAGCGGAAAAGUGCCGGGACUGUGUUGGCGUAAUAAAGAAAAGAAAGAAUUUCGAGUCUCGUGGAAACACGCUGGCAAACCUGAUUUUGUUGUGGAGAAAGAUGCCAUGUUAUUUAAGCUUUGGGCCGAGCAUACUGGUAAAUAUCGCCCCGGUGAAUCUGCCGAUCCCUCGACGUGGAAAACAAGGUUCCGAUGCGCCUUGCACAAAAUGCCGGACGUCGAAGAAGUAAAAGUUCCCCAUAGUUUGGACGAAAAGGAACCUUACCGAGUUUUCCGUUUCAAGGAUAAAGAUGAUUGCUCGCAAAAACCACAAAACUUCGGUUCACUGAGGUCGGAGGAAAAUCAAAAUGGCAAACGCCCAAUGUGCCGUGUAAAGGGCGACUCAGUGAUACGUAGUACAGCUCCGUCAGCAAAAGUGGAAAAUGUGUUCUUUAACAACUAUCCAAUUUUGUCUGGACCGCUGAAUUGUGGCCAGCUUCAAGACUCUCCACACAAUAGCAGUGACAGCUCACCUGAGGACGAUUUAGACAGUAUCACUCCGACAAUUCCGCCAUAUCCGAGCCAAGGCUACGAACCCAUGCUCACCGACGAACCAAUAUGUGGAAAUCUACCAAAUCCAUAUCAGUUCUCUUAUUCCAACAGCCAUCUUCUUUUUGGUGGGGAUUCUGCAAGUGAUAACUUUAUCAGACCUACGCAAUUCCCCCCUAGAUUGGAGAGUUUGGAUUUCACAACCGUCAGGAAGGAUAUUUUAGAGGCCACUCUCGUAGCCAAUGGCCAAAUGUUCAAUGGAUUAAGCGAAGGCGGACAAGCAUUUCUACAGCAUCUCAUGGCAACCAACCCAGCUCUUAUGAAACUUUGGCGUCAAGGUGCAUUCUCACCGAACGAGUCCUCUAAUGGAUCAUCUUCUGUCAGCACUCACUUCAACAUGGAUAAUGGAUUAAUAGAGGCUACUGGUUUGGAAAUGGAUGAAAGCAUGGGCCGAACGGUCACAAACAUCCAUCAAUCAAAUGAGAAUCCAGGGUCAGGGUUUGCAAGGCCUGGAAAACAAGCAGGAGACAGCUGUGAAUCCGCCAUGCGCAUCCGGGUAUUCUAUGGUAACUAUGAAGUAUUAUCCACCGACACAAAGCAGACAGAAAGUGAACGGUUAAUCAGGAUAUCCCACGGAUGUCACAUGGUAGAACCCCGAAAGCUCGAGUUGGGUUUACUGUGUCAACUGUUCGGACCUCCUACUGCCAGACAGAUCGAGCUACCGCCAGCUGUGAACAACAACUCCAGGGAAGUUAUGAAAGUGAUGGAUUUCAUUAAACGCGGUAUUAUAUUGGAGAUCAACGAGUCCAAUGACAUAAUUGUCACUCGUCUAUGCCUCGCAAGGGUUUUCUACUCGAACGGAAGAAAGGCUGCUAAAAAGCUCAUUCGCGAGGAACGCACUAAAGUAUUUGAUUAUCAAGGAAAAUUUCUUCCCAAUCUCAGAGAAAGCCAAAACGGGAAUUGCGAGUAUCCUUCGUAUGAAGUCACUCUUUAUCUGGGAAGAGCCGAUGGGAGUCUGGUCUCUAUUGUUAUCACUCACGUGAUGGCUAAGAUGACGCUGCAUAUUACUAGCUCAUCGGGUGAGAACUUUUGGUCGGAGCCAAAUGCGAACGAUCAGUUAGCGACAAACUUGGAGGAGGAUUGUAUGUAUUAGUGUAGACACUUAAAAAGUUAUCACGUAUAUGUUGAAAAAAGCCAUGAUGUUCCAUGCUCUCUUCAGUGCUCAGGGCGUUUACCUUGCAUUAUUGCGGACUGACUGACAGAGUGGCCAAUUGAUGAAGAUAAUUCUGUUGUUAAAUUGAAAUGUGAAGCCAAAGAAAUCAGUUCUCUAAACUUUGCACAUCAUCUCUUGUACUAAACAAAACAAGUUCGAUUCUCCUUUUCGUCAGCUGUGCCACUGCAAACACAACCAAGAGAAAAGACAAAAAUGAAUUCAUUAUCACGAGGCCCUACAAGGCUGUUAAAAAUGAAAAAUUUCGACUGUGUUUAGUAUCAAAGAUACCAUAAUGAAGCCUUUUUAUGUCUUAUAAUUAGAUGAUAAAAAUUCGUCUGCAUGUAGUUGUAACAUUAGCGAGUGUUUCUAAGUUAAGUUGAUGUGAACCACAUUACAGCUCAGUCACGAGUGAGCUUUUGUUAAAAUUACUUAUUUUAUGAAUUUGUAAUUUUUUUCAUUUCUAUUGUCAUGCGCAACCAUAACAAAGACCUUGAUAACAUUUAUAUAGUAUUUCUAUAACAUCAAAGAACAAAUGCGUUUGUAUCAAACUUACGAUUGUUAUGUAAUUAGUAAAAACAUGUCGCUAUUGGAGUUGUAGCCGAGUCACACUCAGUAUUUAGUAUUCGUAGAGCCGUUUUUAUGUGACUGUUUUAAAACUGAAUGCAAUUCAAUCAAGUCCGAACACUGACAAGAAAGAAUGUGAACGCAAGCGAAUUACUAUUAUAUCUUCAGUUAAGAAAUACGUGGUAGCUAUAUAGUGGCGGAAAGUGCGCGAAUACCACAGGUGUUAAACGCAGAAAGCCCGUCACUGCCACGGGUUAGGGUGCACGGCCAUUGCCAUGUAUGAUGGGAAUGUUAUCAGCAUCGUGCCCAUGAUCACGCGUGAAACACGAAAGAAACGUGCGUUGGAUCUUGCCUUGCUAUUAAAUAGUUAGGAUAAGGUAAAAGUAUUAUUCACCAAUUAUUUAAACCACUCUGAGUGCGUAGACCGUGAACACAAAAACGUGACGAACCCAUUCAUGCAAAACUACUAUAGACAGUCAUAUAAAAACAGUUUUAUAGAAAAAUGUUUAUUAAGUUGUUUUCAACUGUAUGCCAGGUUUAUAUUAGACUUUUGUAACUAAUAAUACGUUUUUCAAUAAAACUAACACCCACACGCAAUAUUGGUACGGUU